CGAAGUGACCAUUCUGACAUUAAGCGAGGCACUUUUACUUCUCAUCGUCAUUUACACUGAUUUCAGUAAAAGUAAAAUAUGCUUAUAUUUCCUCAAUUCUCUAAAAUGGAUGUAACGCAUCACUGAUCAACAAUUAUUUUCUUUAUUUCUUCUUUCAAGGUCCUCCGUAACAGAUGCCUCAAGUUGAACUGAUUCCUACUUUUUUUGUCUUUUUUCUUUUGACUGCAAUUGACAGCAUGUCGCUGACCAGCGGUGACUGAAUUUGUAACUACGAACACAAAAAAAACAAACAUAAAAACGUUAUGUCUAUGAAUGCAUUUUCCUCGGGUGUGUAAUGAAGCUUGACGGAUCGUUUGAUUCCAGCCUCAUUUUUAGUGACUGAGAAAGAUGGAUUAAAGAAUAUUUUUAACAUUUUGUGUGUUCGAACAGAAUGAGUCGAGACUCGCAUCGAACGCUGUCCUCCGGCAGCAGUAGACACCGGUCGACGGUGGAUCGUCAUUCAGCAAAGGGAAGGAACACCAAAUGCAUCAUCACUAUCGGAAUUCUAUUGCCACUUUGUGCAGCAGUUAUUGGUAUCGCAGCAUGGUCCUUAACAACUGACUCAACUCGUGAUGAUCCACAAUCCAUGCCAAUAUACCAGCAGGACAGUUAUUUGAGAAAUGGAAAGCAUCCCGAUUGGUUUGGCAAGCGUAAAGAUGAAUUGGGAUUCGGUGCGAAGUUGCCCAUCGGAGCUUCGAUGAACAAACAUGAACUUGGGCCGGAUAUCGUGCCGGAUGACAGAGAGUUGAUUACAGCUCCCAGUCCCGGAUCCGUGGAAGUGUUGCCAGCUCCACCUGAAGCAACAUCAACGGACAAAGAUCCACUGUACGUCGUGCAUUAUGUGCCAGAGGACAAACCGAAGGAAGAGUUUCUCGAUCCCAGGAAGCCGCACCCUGACUCCGUGAAUGUUCUGCAGAAAAUUUUGUCUGACAGCAAAGGAAAAAGCGGUAACGGGUCUCCUCAGUUUAUAGUAAUUGCUCCUAUGCCUCCGAAAGAGGAUGACGUCGAUGAUUAUGAUGAUGAUGAUGAGGAGGAGCAAGAGGCAGUUCCCAGAAAGAAGAAAAAGAAAGGGAGAAAAUCGAGAAGAAAAGAUCACAAAUCGGAUCUGUUACUUGACCAACAUACGGAGUCAUCUCAGUUCAGGCAUCAUGUUGAGCCCGCACACCGUAAAUAUGAAUCAACAGAGUCUCAAGAACAGCACGAGCCUCCACGUCACCAUCAUGAACCCCCUCAUCACCACCAAACUACAGAUCAUUAUCAACAAGAUCCAUCUCAUAAACACCAACAACCAGCCUCUCAUCAUCAUCAAGCACCCCCGCACCACUACCGCCAACCCCCACACCGAACAAACUACGCGCACGAAUCACAGCGAAACGACAACUAUUAUCACCAUCACCAUCACCAGCCCACCCCGGCACCUGCUCCUUCUGUCAGCAUCACCAUCAUGCCUUCGUUUGGGCUACUGAGGUCAAUUCUCAGGCCGAAAUUCGAUUUGAAGAAGAAAUUAUUCUUUGGAAUCCAACUGGAGAACGGUAUAGGAUUUGGUGGACAUACUGACGCUCCUCCAACAACUGCUGCUCCACCCACAACAAAGCCUCCACCUCAUCACGGAGGUGGUGGCGUCCACAUUGGAGGUGGAGGUGGUCACCACUCUACGGGAAUGUCGUUUUAUGAAGAAUAGAAAAUCGUGAAACAUCAUGUUUUGCGUCCAUGAUCUCAUUGACUAGUCUAGUUGCCGCUUCUACUUACUUUACGAACAUGUCUGCUUAUAGGGUUGCUAUUUUUUUAAAAGGGUGUUUGUCGUUUUGGGACAUGAUGGGUGAAUGACAAAAUAUUUUGUUUGUUUUUUAAUGUAAAUAGCAUUUCUAUAAUUAAAUUAUUUUUGAUUUUUA